AUGGCUUCGAGCGAGGGGUUUCUGACUGAUGGACAGAGGGAACUGCUAAAAAUUGCAAGUCAAAAUGCGGAGAAUCUGUCUUCAUCUCCGAAAUCUCCUUCGUCCUUGCUUUCUGACCAUCAUGUGAAAGCUCCUGCUGGUGGUAAGGCACAAACCGCUGGGAUAGCUGUGAGGCAUGUGCGUCGGUCACACUCAGGGAAGUAUGGGCGGGUGAAGAAAGAUGGUGCUGGUGGUAAGGGCACUUGGGGGAAAUUGCUUGAUACUGAUAUUGUUUCUCAUAUAGAUAGGAAUGAUCCAAAUUAUGACAGCGGCGAGGAACCCUAUCAGCUGGUUGGAUCUACUGUUACUGACCCCUUGGAUGAUUUCAAGAAAGCAGUGGUAUCCAUCAUAGAGGAAUACUUUAGUAAUGGAGAUGUGGAAUUGGCAGCAUCUGACCUCAGAGAACUUGGCUCAAGUGAAUACUAUCCAUACUUCAUUAAACGCCUUGUGUCCAUGGCUAUGGACAGGCAUGAUAAGGAGAAAGAAAUGGCUUCUGUUCUGCUUUCAGCAUUGUAUGCUGAUGUUAUCAGCCCUGCACAGAUUAGGGAUGGGUUUUUUAUUCUUCUCGAAUCUGCAGAUGAUCUUGCUGUGGAUAUACUUGAUGCAGUUGAUAUCCUUGCAUUAUUCUUGGCACGGGCUGUUGUUGAUGACAUUCUUCCUCCAGCCUUUCUUGCCAGGGCAAUGAAGGCUCUUCCAGAGUCUUCCAAGGGAGUUCAGGUAAUCCAGGUUGCUGAAAAGAGUUAUCUCUCAGCUCCACACCAUGCAGAGCUUGUGGAAAGGCGAUGGGGUGGUAGCACUCACAUAACUGUUGAAGAAGUGAAGAAGAAGAUAGCUGAUUUACUUAGAGAAUAUGUGGAUAGUGGUGAGACAUUGGAAGCCUGUAGGUGUAUACGUGAGUUGGGGGUUUCAUUCUUCCAUCACGAGGUUGUUAAGAGGGCUCUGGUACUUGCCAUGGAGAUUCGUUCGGCAGAACCUCUAAUGUUGAAAUUAUUAAAAGAAGCAGCAGAAGAAGGACUUGUUAGUUCCAGCCAAAUGGUGAAGGGGUUUUCUCGUUUGGCAGAAUCCCUAGAUGAUCUUGCUCUUGAUAUUCCAUCAGCUAAGGCAUUGUUUCAGUCAUUUGUCCCCAAGGCAAUUUCGGAAGGAUGGCUUGACGCUUCACUUACUAAUCCUGCAACUGAAGAUGGGGAAAUACAAGUUGAAGAUGAGCAGGUGAGGAAUUACAAAAAGGAAUCAGUAACUAUAAUUCAUGAGUAUUUUCUUUCUGAUGACAUUCCUGAGCUGAUUCGAAGUCUUGAAGAUCUUGGAGCUCCCGAGUACAAUCCGAUAUUUUUGAAGAAACUGAUAACUCUUGCUAUGGACCGAAAGAACAGAGAAAAGGAAAUGGCAUCUGUACUGCUAUCUGCACUUCAUAUAGAGAUAUUUUCAACUGAGGAUAUAGUUAAUGGUUUUGUCAUGCUUCUGGAAACUGCGGAAGAUACAGCACUGGAUAUACUGGAUGCAUCAAAUGAGCUUGCUCUGUUUUUAGCUCGGGCUGUUAUUGACGAUGUGUUGGCCCCACUGAAUUUGGAAGAAAUUGGCAGCAGGUUACCACCAAAGUGUAGUGGUAGUGAAACUGUGCGUAUGGCUCGGUCUCUAAUAGCUGCUCGUCAUGCUGGGGAGAGGCUAUUGAGAUGCUGGGGUGGAGGCACUGGGUGGGCUGUGGAGGAUGCCAAGGACAAGAUCAUGAAGCUCUUGGAAGAAUACGAGAGUGGAGGGGUUGUCAGUGAAGCUUGCCAAUGUAUCCGUGACCUGGGAAUGCCUUUCUUUAACCACGAGGUAGUGAAGAAAGCUUUGAUUAUGGCCAUGGAGAAAAAGAAUGAUAGAAUGCUAGAUCUACUGCAGGAGUGCUAUAGUGAGGGCCUGAUCACCAUUAAUCAGAUGACUAAAGGUUUCACCCGAAUAAAGGAUGGUCUUGAUGAUCUGGCUCUGGACAUUCCUAACGCAAAGGAGAAAUUUGGCUUCUAUGUGGAGCAUGCUCAGUCGAAGGGCUGGCUUCUACCAUCAUUUGAUUCGCCUGCUACAGAAGCCUAA